GGCUCACAGCGGGGGCUGUUAAUUGACAGCGCCCCUGCCUCUACGUCAGCGACACGGAUCCAUCGAUUUAUCCUACCGAACAGCGCAUAAUUUGUCUAUGCCAUGCGAGCUUGAACGUUCAAUUUUACUUGGAGAUUUCAGUCCAAGGAGGAGGGACUCAUCCAGAAGCCGCUACUCUCCUGAGACGCUGAUGAUGUUCCUGUUCCUUUCCUUUGUGGUGCCCGUUGCAGGCGUGAGCCUCCUCCAAGUGGAGCGUCGCCCGGGCGUGGUCCGCUUCGGCGCACCGAUGCUCCUGGAGGAAAGCGCCGCUUUCGGCGCAGCGUCGGAAAACGACAAAGAGUCCGUGGAGCUGCUACGCUUCGUGACGCCCUACAAGACACCUUUGGACGCCGUGGUAGAUAUCACUGCGUACUCUCAAUUGAUGAAAUCGUUGAUCUCCAGUGGUCCGGUGGAGUUCUACGUCGCCAUCGACACCUGGGUUAGCAACGAUACACGCAGCAAGGUGUUGUAUAUCAGCAACGUCUCUGACUCGUGCACCAAAAUUUGGACCUCGCAGGGCAAUGCCUGGAACGUCUCCUUGGACUUCGUCCAAUGGCCGCGGCUGCCAGCAGAGCCGGUACAGCCAAAAAGGACCAUUCUCCUGGCCGAGAGUUUUCCCAAUCCACUGCUGGCGAUCGGUGAAGUGAAGGCCUAUGAAGGCACACUCAAAGGUGAUCACGUGACUCUUUCCAGUGAAGAGACCCUGACAUCUGCCAACGUCUACUCCUGUCCUUCUGGCGUGGACCGCUUCAAGAAGGAUGCCACCCUGGGAUCUCUGGCUCAAGAAGCUCAGCAAAUGGUGCUGGCCCAGGACGUGAUCAACGACACGGUGCUGGAGAACAUCACCGUUUCGUUGCAGGCCCUCUAUUUGCCCGAGAUGGUGAACCCCAACAUGAUUCAUAGCGAGAUUCUGAAGAUGUUGCCCAACACCCAGGAAUUUGAGAUCUUAUUGUCCUCAAAAGCAAAUCUCACAAAAGACAUGCCAGUCUACAUCACCGGAGCUGUGCGAGAUAAGCCAUACACUGCAACGAUUUGGUUCAAUAUGUCCUUGCCAUUUCUGCCCAUGGGAUACAUCAAAGAAGUCUUCAACGACACUCAUGCCUUGAUGAAUGUGACCAAACACCACUGUAUCUUUUCUUUGAAUAGCAGCUCUUUACCCACUUUGAAGGUUCCUGUUGAUGAGCAUGUGAUCCAAGAUACGGCCGACAAGCUCAAGGCCAUCUUGCAGCACGGUGUCCAGCGCGGCGUGCAGAUGCGCGCGAGUGGGCAACACAGCGCAGGGGAAACCUUGCUGAUUCUCAACCAAAGUCACCAAGAGGUGGCCAACGUCGAGGAGGUUGCGCCCUUGGGCCACAUCACCUCAGAAGCCUCUGGGGUGGAGAACAGCACUGGCAGCAAGGUUUGUGUGGUGCAGAAGAAUACGCAGGGGCAUGUCAUCACAAGGUCCUUCCAGCCCCAGCUGCAAGCCGCCGAGCGGGCGCUGCUGCACCUGAUCAUCACGGGUCACGGUUGGGCGGCAACCAGUGAGUCCUGCGGGGAGUGA